AUGAACGAAGAAGCUUCACAUGAACAAGAGAUUUGUAAAGCACUCAAGGAUUUGAGGCUUUCAAUCUUCAACACUUUAAUUCAUGAUGAAAUGUGGAAUAAAGUGGCCAGCGAUAUCCUAAAAACACCGUCGUUUAAAUCCAAUUUAGACAAAAGAAUUAACACAGAUAUAAUGUCGAUGAUCAAGUUGUUGCCCAGUUAUGAAAAACUAUUGAAUAGUUUAAAAGAAAAGCUACAGCAUACUGUAAACUCAUGUCAAACUGAUGAUUAUGAAAAUUUGCUACGAACACUAUUACAUCAUUCUAUGCAGAAUAUACAAUCCCUAGAUGAAUAUCCUGAGCUUUCAAUGCUGCUAAACUCAUCAUCUGCAUUGUCAGUGAAUGAAAUCUCUGAAUUAUGUAAUCGACUCACCGUUGAAUCAAUAAAUCCAAUCCAAGGUAAUCUAGAGGAUAUUAAUUGUAACAAGGAUGAUGGGGAUGGGGAUAAAAGUUUAUCAAAAUGGAAACAUUUUCCUACGUGUUCUUCACGUCCUAAUUCAUCACCGUCAUCUGAAGCGACAGGCGGUAGCUCAUUAACUCUAUGCGCAAAGUCUCCAUCUACGUCAUCUUCGUCACCAUCAUCGCCGCCUUCACCUCGACACGGAUAUGCUUCAUUGAAAGGUAUAAAACAAAAUAGCGAUGAGGAAGUUAAGCGUAGCAUUAAACAAUCAUUUAAACAAAAAGCUUUAAAUGAACAAUAUUUAAGAAAUUCUGUUGAAGAUGACGAUUUUCAACGUCGUAAUAGUCUGUCAAAUAUGCAAAAUUCAAUUUAUUCAUUUAGUGAUGCUGAUUCGUCAUUUUCUGGUUAUUUUAAUAAUAUUGGAUUCACUGUAAUGAAUCAAGAUCAAUUGAUUAGUUUAGCGAGUGCAUUAGACAGUCGUUCAAGUCGUUUGGACUGUCGUCAAAAAGCUUUAAAGCAGUUAGUUCAUUUACCGAUAAUUGAUAUACAAGCGUGUGAAGUAUGGACAUAUUUAAAUGAGCACGCAUCUACUAUUACUGCUACAACUACUAAUGAUACUUCAUCAUUGACACUGAAAACAGAUAGAAUAAAUGACAACUCUUCAAGUUUGAUAGAUAAACCUAUUUCUCACAAGUUAUCUAAUUCAUCACAAUUUAAAAAAUCCGGUCCUCUUCAACGAUUCAUAACACCGGAUGAGAAUUUGUUAACUAUGCGUGAUAGCAUUGGUGAUUAUUAUGACAAUUCUACUACUACUACUACUACUACUAAUAACGUAAAUAGUAGUAGUGGUGGUAAUAGUAUAAAAAUGAUUACGGCGGGUGGUUUAAGACGUGGCCUGGCUGAUGCAUUGAACGAUGAAGAUGACACAUUAUGGAGUCUUUCAUUACGGUACAUUAGUAAAGGACUUUCUACUACUCCGCCAAAUAUUCGUGAAACCUACAGCCUUUUAAUUGAAUAUCUUCAAGUACAAUUCGUUAGAAAUGGACAUCAAUAUCCAUCUCUUAUUGAUGGUAUUGAUUUUGAUGAGAGUCAUAACCAGCGUAUUUUAAGGGCAUGCUAUUUAAUGAACAAAUUUCAUCAGACAAUCCCAUCUUAUUGGAUUCGUUAUUCAGAGCAAUUUGUCAAUGAAAUUAUUGAAAAGUGUUUAGCAAUUCUAUCUAUUGGUUGUGAGCAGUAUAAUUAUACUGAUCAGAAUAGUGAACAACUUAGCAUAAUGCCAAUUCAUUUAUUCAGUCUUGUCGAUUGUGAUGCUAAAUGGUGCAUCCAAUCUACUCAUGGUGCCUAUUGUUGUAAUGCUUUAAUUAGUCAGCUGAAAAGGAACUCUGCACUUUUUGAAUUCAGUGUACGCGUAUGCUUCAUGUACAUGAAUAAACCCGCUAGUACAAGUGACUCUUCAUUAACAAGAAAGAAUUUACUGACCAGCAGACAUACAAAUAAUCCUAAUAGUAA